AACGCAUCAUCGUGAAUGCCAACUGCCGUAAAACCUCAAAGAAGAGAAAAGAAGAGUAACCGGAAGUACGCUCUGCGCAUGCGCACUAAGUGUAGUCAGUAACGCAAAAUCGGAAGUUCUUCACAGCUUUUAAAGCGGUGUUAGGAGGACAUAUUCCAGUCAAAAUGAUCAGUAAAGUGAUCGGUCAGAAGUAUGUGGCGAUUGCCAAGUCAUGGAUCCCAACUCUUGCUGUAUGGGGCACAGCCGGAGGCGUAGCUCUGGUCCACUUCACAGACUGGCGAUUGAUUUUGGACUAUGUUCCCUACAUCAGUGGCAAAUUCAAGAAGGACCAGUAGUGGCACUCAGGUUGGUGCUGUUUUUUUUACACAAAGACUUAAAAUACUGAACAAGAACUACUGCAGCCGGUACCUUGCGGUCCAAUUGCAUGCCAGGCCACUGGAAGCUGUCAUCUUCAUCCUGCAGCGCAGUCAACAUUGAACUGUUCACCAUCAACAUCCCAUUAAAUGCACUGGAGUUUCGCAUUUCAACGUUCCUCAACCAGUGAAAACAUGAAUGGAAUAAUAUGAAAACAGAUGAUCAAUGGACUUUUCUUUUCCUACUUAGUUUGGGGUCAGGUAUUUAUUUUAAUCAUCAUCAGUCUCCUGCAUGUUGUGGGUCAAACCUUAUUCACAAAUGGAAAAAUCUGUCCUUCAUGUCAUGCUGUAAUUGUUUUGAAGAGAAUAAGUAAAAUAUGUGAGAUUUAUCCAA